AUGAACGUGAAAAAACUUAUGGCUCUUGCAUUCGUACCUGUUCCUGAUGUUCUUAAAGGUUAUUCAUCUAUGAUUAAUAAUUUUGAUGAUGAAGAUUAUUCUUUAGUUGAUUAUUUUGAACGAGUUUCGGUUGGUCAAAAGAAGGGAAGAGGCAGUCGACGCAGUAAACCAAAAUUUAGUUUACAAUUAUGGAGUAUUUAUGAACAAGUUAUACAAGACUUACCAAGAUCUAAUAACGUUGUCGAUGGAUGGCACCAUGCAUUCAAUAGUCGCGUUUCAAUUAAACAUCCUUCUAUAACUAAACUUGUAAAAUGCAUAUUACGUGAACAAUCUAAAUUUCAGAUCAAUAUUGAAAGACUUCGUGCAGGUGAACAACCAAAGAAAAAAAGGAAAGUUUAUGCAAAUCUUGAUGCACGAUUGGAAAGAAUCACGCUGUCUUAUGAUGUUAACAAUAUCGAGGAAUAUUUAACUCGAAUUGCUAUAAACUUGAAAAUAAGCACUUGA